CACUUCAUGUCUUUUUUCCUUUUUCCCUUUCUUUUUCCUUUUGCACCAACUACUGCACUGCAUUCUUCUGUCAAAGCCCUAGAUUUGAAAAUCUAGGGUUUUGUUUUGUUAAUGUGUUACGGACAUGAUUCCGGAACUUCCACCUUGCUAAUUUGAGUUUUCUGUCUUGAAUCCAAGCUCUUGAUUUUUCUGCAUUUUUAAUAACUAAGCUCUGUCGUGGGUUUUCAAUGGUGAUUUUGUUUGAGCCCUAAUGCUACUUUCUUUUUUUGGUUAUUUAUUUUCCUUUCUACUUGGGCAUUCGUAUCUCAUCUUUUAUUGUGGGGUUCUCAAAUUUGUCUAGGUAAACAAAACAAAACCCUUGUUCUAAUGUUCACUUGACAAAAUCUCUGAGCUUGUUAAAUGAAUAUCUAGAGCUACUUGGUUUUAGAUCUUUUUUUCUUUUUUUCGGUUUAUAUUUGGGGUUAAAAAUCUAAUCUUUCCAUCAUUGUCAAAGCUUUUUCCUUUUGACCAGUAGAAGAGUAUCUCCUGUUUUAGUAUCUUCAUCUGGUUUCUUGGUACCAGGAAGUUAGUUUAUCUGUCAGAAUUUACAAAUCUCUUAGUAAAUGCAUGGAUGGGAGAGAAGCUAUGGCAUUCUCUGGUGGGUCUGCUCCAUAUUACAUGCAUAGAGGAGGGGUUGGUGGGUCUGGUCCUGGAACACAAACUGGAGGGUUCCAAGCACCCUCUGGGUUCAGAGCUUUGUCACAUGACAGGUUUGGUUCUACAUUUUCAGCAGAGCCUCAGCGUGCCAGUUUUAUUCAUGGCAUUAGCAUAGAUUCCUCUCCUGUUCCUGUUCAUGGAGUACCUUCUUCAGGUGAGCCUGUGAAAAAGAAAAGAGGGAGGCCUCGUAAGUAUGGUCCUGAUGGACCAGUUUCUUUGAGACUCUCUACAAUGUCUGCCACUGCUGAUUCCACUCCGGGCUCAACCACUCCUUCCCAGAUACGGCGUAGAGGGCGCCCCCCUGGAAGUGGAAGGAAGCAACAGCUAGCCACACUUGGUGAAUGGAUGAACAGUUCUGCAGGAAUGGCUUUUUCACCUCAUGUUAUCACCAUUGGAGCUGGGGAGGACAUUGUUGCAAAGUUAUUAUUGGUUUCACAGCAGAGACCAAGGGCUUUAUGCAUCUUGUCGGGAACUGGGACAGUUUCUUCAGUCACUCUGCGUCAGCCGGCUUCUACUACUGUCAGUGCUACUUAUGAGGGCCGAUUUCAAAUAUUAUGCUUGUCUGGUUCUUACUUGGUUGCUGAAGAUGGUGGACCUCGCAAUAGAACAGGUGGCAUGAGUGUUUCCCUUUCCAGUCCGGAUGGUCAUAUUAUUGGUGGUGGUAUUGCUAGGCUUAUCACUGCAAGCCCAGUACAGGUGGUAGUGUGCAGUUUCUUAUAUGGCGGGUCUAAGCCAAAGACUAAGGAAGGGACAAGUACAAAAGAAAGCAAUUCGGAGCCUCAGAGUAGUGAUAAGUUAGCUUCUCCUCCUAAUCAAAACUACACCUCUUCUGCAACAGGCAUGUGGCCAGUAGAUACGAAAAGUGCACAGCCACACACUGGUAUUGACUUGACUCGUGGGUGAAAUUUUAUUGUGGAAGAGACAUAGCUGCUUUGUAUGUAUAUAUAUCUCUUGUUGUUGUAUAUGAACUGAAUUUGUGAGGAGCAUUGUGACUCUGCUUCUGCUUGUUAUCCCCAUUGGUAGGUGACACAAGUUCGCACUAACUUAUGUUGUAACUGUAACAAAUGGAUCAUUUCGGGGUUAAGUAACAACCUUGACUUGUGCAAAAAUGUGUGGUGAAAUG